AUGAUUGACGAGGCCAAGGGCAUGGACGGCGACGACUCGCACGACGACGAGCCCGGGGUCGUCGUCCCCGAAGGCGUCGAGCUCGUCCCCCCGACGACGCCCCCGGCCCAGAUCAGCGGCAGCAGCGGCACCCCGCGGAAGACCUGGCGGAGCUCGCGGUCCCCCUCGGUCCACCUGAAGCGCAUGGCCACGAACGUGUCCAAGACCAUCAACUCGACGCAGACCGUGGCCCAGGCCAUGAGCGCCCAGGCGUCCCUGCGCGUCGCGCACGUGCAGCGCGGCGUCGGCCUGAACUGGGGCCGCUACAACGACACGGCCUGGUUCGUCAUCGACCCCGAGGCGCGGUGGCGCGCGGUCUGGGACGGCGGCACGGCCAUCCUGCUCCUCUACCUCGUCUUCGCCGUGCCCUACAGCAUCGCGUUCCUCGACGGCGGCCUCGGCUGGUUCGAGUGGUUCGUGCUCGCGUGGUUCUCCCUCGACAUCCUCAUCAGCUUCGUGACGCCCUACGAGAAGGCGGGGCUCUACGUGACGAACCCGCGCUGGAUCGCCUUCGAGUACUGCCGGACCUACUUCGCCAUCGACUUUUUGUCGACGUUCCCCUUCGACGUCGUCGUCAACUCGACGGACAGCAACAUGGCCGUCACGGGCAAGGCGCUGAAGCUGCCGCGCCUCGCCAAGACGCUGCGGGCGCUGAAGAUGAGCAAGCUCAUGAAGUUCUACCAGGUCGACGAGCUCCUGGGCCAGGUGCAGAUCAACUUCCACAUCUCGCCCGCGUUCAUCAACCUCCUCGCGCUCGUCUUCGCGGCGCUCGUCAUCAACCACUUCUUCGCCUGCGUCUGGUACAUGAUCGGCCUCCGGAAGUUCGACGACGACUGCGCCGACGGCGACGGGAACCGGGGGCGGCGCCACUGCACGUGGAUGCAGACGGGCGGCUACAGCCCGCGCGACGGCAACUGGUACCUCUACACGACGUGCCUCUACUGGUCCCUCUCCACCGUGUCCACGGUGGGCUACGGCGACAUCUCCGCGAACACGACGAUGGAGAAGGUCUACACGAUCGUCGUCAUGAUCACGGGCGUCGCGGGCUACGCGAUGAUGCUCCAGUCCAUCGGCCGCCUCAUGCAGUCCCACUCGUCGACGGCGACGACGUCGACGAUCGCGCUGCGGGACUACUUGUACAAGCGCAACGUGCCCAUGGACCUCUGCACGAAGAUCUUCGACUACCUCUACCGCCACAACGCGAUCCGCGCGUACAACAACGACAACAGCCAGGAGGUCGUCGCGUCGAUCAACGACCUGCCCAAGCCCAUCCGGCGGCGCCUGCGGCUCUACACGGAGCGGGCGACCAUCGGCGCCAUCCCCUGGUUCCAGCACCGGUCGUCGGACUUCGCGGCGGACGCGGUCGGCUUCCUGAAGCCGACGCUGUCCGCGCGGGGCGAGGUCGUCGGCGCCCAGGGCAUCCGCGCCGAGGCGCUGUUCUUCGUCCAGUCCGGCGACCUCGCCGUCUACCCCGAGGGCACGAAGCGCCACCGCGUGUCGACGAUCGGCGGAGCGCUCGACGAGCUCGAGGAGGAGGAGGCCGAGGGCAUCCGCCCGCUUCUACGGUUCGGGCCGGGCGACAACUUCGGCGCGCCGGGCUGCUUCGUCGACGCCGUCUGGAAGCUCGAGAUCAUCGCGUGCAGCGACUGCGAGAUCUCCGUCUUCCCGCGCGAGCACCUCCGGAGGCUGCUCGACGAGCCCGAGCACGCCCACCUCCUGCCCCAGUUCGAGUACGAGGCGCACCAGACCGUCCAGGCGGCGCCCUUCCUGUACGCGUUCCAGGACCCGGCGCACCAGCACGGCGUCGCGCGGCACGCGGGCGACUUCCGGAGCCCCCUCGGCGCCGCCCGCCGCGACGACGGCGCCGCGGGCCGGGACAACAGGGCCGCCAAGACGGCGCUCGACGUCGCCCGGUCCGACUCGGCCGUCGCCGUCGCGAACUUCCUGCGGGAGCACGUGCCCGCGGCCGCGCUCGCGUCCGGCGCGCCCGGCGCGGACGUCGUCAACGGCCUCAUCGCCCUCGGCGACUACCACGAGCACCACUGGACCGUGUCCGGGACGAACCCGGGCCGCAACGCCGUCCGCGCGCAGUCCGCGAUGGUCGCGACGACCGCGGACGCGAAAUCGGCGUCCAUGGCCGACUACCCCCUCUUCACCCCGCCGAAGCCGGAGCCGGCCAAGUCGAGCGAGAAGCCCAUGAAGCUCCCGGCGAAGCAGCGGCCGCGCACGAAGAGCAAGCUCAAGCAGCGGCGCAAGCAGGCGCGCCACUUCGUCAAGGUGACCAUGCGCAACGGCCUCACGAAGGUCCUGAAGAGCGCGACGAAGACGCUGCGCCUGGGCUGGUACGUGCGCAACUCGCGCCGGUCGAAGCACCGCUGGGAGCGGCCCUUCUACUUCGACGUCCGCGAGGCCGCGGCGAACGCCGCGGGCUUCAAGGAGCGCGUCGUCGGCCCGAGCUUCGUCCGCGGCGGCCAGGCCUUCUGCCUCGAGCUCUACCCCGGCGGCUUCCGCGAGGACUCGCGGCAGCACGUCGGCGCCUACCUGCGCUACCAGGGCGCGCAGAAGUGCGUCGAGCUCCGGUUCCGCGUGUCCGUCGUGAACCGCCUCGGCGGGCCGGAGAUCGCCUGGCGGAGCGCCUUCAUGCUCCUCGGGGCGCGGGCGGCGCCGGGGGAGAAGAUCUUCACGAACUGGGGCACCGCGUCGCUCUGCCCCCGGUCGUGGCUCAGCGACCUCAAGCACCGGGGGCUCUGCGUCGACGGCGCCGUGCGCUUCCGCGUGGACAUCAUGUACGUCGGCGAGCGCGAGUCCGUGGACAACCAGAUCGUGCGCAUGGCCUCCGCGGACGCAGAGGGCUUCGGCGAGGCCGGCGGCGCGGGCGACGCGGCCUGCCUCGGGUCCGGCGUCCACCGGCGGGACUACGACGCGGCCCUCGAGCUCAAGUCGCCGCGCAACCCGCUCGCCCUCCGCGAGGAGACCAAGGAGCCGCCCGUGGACGUCGACGAGAGCCGCGUCACCUACAAGUUCGACGACCAGGGCGACGAGCCCCUCCUCGUCGACUUCGAGCUGUGGCGACUAGGAAGUAGCCCAAUGCGCCGCGCGCAGACGGCGCUCCUGCUCCUGGGCGCACAACAUCGGUGCUACGCGACGACGACGCGCCGCCGGGCGCAGCUCCGGAGCCUCGGCCGGCGCGCGUCCCUCGAGAUCUCGCCGCACCAAGUCGAGCAACUCGUCGGCGCGCGCGACCACCUCGCCAUCCCGAAGACGAUCUUCGUGAACAUGGUGCGGGCGGACGCGGCCCACUUCGAGGCCGUCGCCGCGGCCUGCGAGGCGCUGCGCGCCGCGGGCCUCGAGGCCGUGCCGCACGUUCCGGCGUCGCGCUUCGACGACGACGCGCACGCCGGCCGCGUGCUCGACGAGCUGUCCGCCGCGGGCGCCACGUCGGCGCUCGUCGUCGCCGGCAACGACUUCGACGGCUCGGCGCCGGACGUCGACGCCGUCGCGGCGCUCGCGCGAAAGCGAGGAUUCCGGUGCCUCUUCGCGGGCUUCCCCGAGGGCCACCCGCACGAGUCGUCCGGCGGCGCGCGCCUCGCCGCCAAGCUGGCGCCGGCGGGCGCCGGCGUCGUCACCCAGUUCGUCCGGGACCCGGCGGUCCUGGGCGAGUGGCUCGACGGCGCGCGGCCGGCGGCGGAGACGGUCUUCGUCGGCGUGCCCGGCCCCGCGACGCGGCGCCGGCUCGCGCAGAUGGCGGCGCUGUGCGGCGUCGGGCCGUCGGUGUAUGUCGAUGCCUACGACGUCGACGACGACGACGACGACGGCGACGACGCGUUGCUCGCGCCCGCCGCGGACGUGGGCGCGCUCGCGGACUACCUCGGCUCGAGCGAGGGCAACGUGCGGCUGCACGUGUACCCGUUCGGCGGGCUGGACGCGGCGCUCGUCUUCCUGGAUGCCCUGGCGUCCAAGGGCAUCCUCUGGGAGCCGGGCGGCUUCGGCGCGGGGGGCUAA